UAUCUGGCAACUACACAUUCUAGUGCUUUCAGUUGUCUGCAAUUCGAUGAAAUUAUAUUUUUCUUAUUUUUAAUAAUUGUGAAAAUUGACUGAUAAAAUACAAAGAGAUUAAAUAAACGCCAAGAUGUCGCGUCACAGGAUAGUACGCGGAAUGGACUACAACGACGAAUACGAUGGCUACGACGAUGUUUAUGGCCAUUCCGUUGAUGAUGAUUGCGUCUCGCCUACGGAUCAGCAAUGGCUAUACGACCGGGCUCGUGGUCAACAGAGUAUGUCGGCGUUUAUAAAGAAGAACAAGAACAUCGAGGAGGAGGCGGAGGAUGACGAUGAGGACGAUGAUGACGAGGCAUACCAAAAGGCUCGCAGAGAUUCGGAGAAUUUCCAGAUGCCGGAACUGGACGAUAUUGCGCAGGCCAAGCUCAGCUCCUGCGUGGACGAGGUGCGCAGCGUGGUGGGCGACGCAGUCUCCGAGCGCCGCAUCGUGGAGACAUCCAUGCGUUUCGACUACGACAUACAAAAGAUUCUCGACGAUAUACUCAACGAGGAGACGAAUAAAAAGGAGAAGGAGAAGCGUCCACAGAAGCUGAAACUAAACGUAACAACGCCAGCGACAAAGUCGAACACAACGCCCAAGCCGACGCCUACCAAAAUAACGUUAUCCGCCGUAAAGGAUGCACGACGUGGCUUCGACAUUGCCUCACCCAAAGCGCCCUCCUCACCAAAUGUCUCCGGCCGGAAUACGCCCGUCGAAGGCGGCGACGAGGCGGGACGCGGCUCUACAGCCAUUUUCAAAGUGUCCAAGGAUCAGGCACAACGCAACGCUCAGCAGCUGUACGAACAGGAGCGCGCGACGCAAAAGAGCCACAUACACAUGAUUGUCAUUGGGCACGUGGAUGCCGGCAAGAGCACACUAAUGGGCCACCUGCUCUACGACACGGGCAACGUUUCGCAGCGGGUGAUGCACAAGCACGAGCAGGAGUCCAAGAAGCUGGGCAAGCAGAGCUUCAUGUACGCCUGGGUGCUGGACGAGACUGGUGAGGAGCGUGCCCGCGGCAUCACCAUGGAUGUGGGCCAGUCGCGCAUCGAGACCAAAACCAAGAUAGUCACGCUGCUGGAUGCGCCCGGCCACAAAGACUUUAUACCCAACAUGAUAUCGGGCGCCACGCAAGCGGACGUGGCGCUGCUUGUUGUGGAUGCGACGCGUGGCGAGUUCGAGUCCGGCUUUGAGCUGGGCGGACAGACACGUGAGCAUGCGAUACUCGUGCGCUCGCUGGGCGUUAAUCAGCUGGGCGUGGUCAUCAACAAGCUGGACACGGUGGGCUGGUCCAAGGAGCGUUUCCAGGAGAUUGUGCACAAACUGAAAUCGUUUCUGAAACAGGCUGGUUUCAAGGAAUCUGAUGUCAGUUUCACGCCCUGCUCGGGCCUAACGGGCGAGAAUCUCACGAAAGCCGCCCAGGAGCCCGCCCUAAAAGCCUGGUAUGAGGGACCAAAUCUUCUGGAGGUCAUUGAACAUUUCAAGGUGCCCGAACGUGCCAUUGACCGGCCGCUGCGCAUGUCCGUCUCGGACAUAUACAAGGGCACCGGCUCCGGUUUUUGCAUUUCGGGUCGCAUCGAGACGGGCGCCCUUUGUGUCAACGACAAGGUGCUGGUGGGCGCUAGCCGGGAACAGGCGCAGGUCAAAUCGCUCAGCAUGGACGAGCUAACGCAGACGAGCGUCUUUGCCGGCGACCAGGUCUCUGUCACACUGGCCGGCAUCGAUGUCAACAACAUAACGGUGGGCUGCAUCAUAUGUGAUCCACAAAUGCCAAUCCCAGUGACGACACGCUUCCAGUGCCGCAUCAUCGUCUUCAAUGUGAAGGUGCCCAUUACGAUGGGCUAUCCGGUGCUGCUGCAUCAUCAGUCGCUAAUUGAGCCGGCCGUUGUCUGCAAGCUGACCGCAUCCAUACACAAGAGCACCGGCGAAGUGGUCAAGAAGAAGCCGCGUUGUCUGGGCCAAAACUCGUGCGCCCUGGUCGAGGUGGAGACCUCGCGUCCGAUUUGCAUUGAACGCUACUCGGACUUCAAGGAGCUGGGACGUAUUAUGCUGCGUGUGGCAGGCGUUACGAUUGCCGCCGGCAUGGUCACUAAAAUUCGCUAAGAGUUCGCGCUAAUAUUUUUAUUUUUUACGAAAUUUUAGUUAGUUUUUUAGUUUCGUUUUUUGUAAAUAAAAGCUAGGUUGAUAAAGCGCCACUGGCUGA